AUGGGGGGUGGAGGGAGGCUGAGGCGCCCGCUCCCACACUGAGCAAGGGACCCUUGGUGUUGAGAGCAGGGAGGUGCCCUCUCCUGGGCCCUGAAGGUGGUGCUUAGCUCCGCCCCUGCCCCCCCUCCAUGGGGGGCCCUGGGUCACAGAGAUGAGUUAGCUUGGUCAGGCGCACGCCCAGCACGGGCAGUGAACCGGCUAGGUGGAGGAGCCCUCAGAGAGCUCCCGGCUGCCACCCAGGACCCCCCUCAGCACCUUCAGUGAUGCCUCUUUACCGUGUCUGGUUGGCCCGGAGUGGGCCCCUCCUAUCCAGUCCAAGGGGGCUCGUCUGAGCCCCCACCCCAUGUCUGAGCCCCCAUGGCGGGCACUGCAGCAGUGAGCAGGAGGCGGCCACAGCGGGUGAGCAUGCAGGAGCACAUGGCCAUCGACGUGAACCCGGGGCCCAUCCGGCCCAUCCGCCUCAUCUCGGACUACUUCCCACACUUCUACCCCUUCGCCGAGCCCGCCCUGUGCACCCCAGACCCGCACCCUGCGGUGGCCCCUGCCAUCCGCUCUGCACCCCAGCUGCAGCCCAACCCGGAGCCAGAGGGAGACUCAGACGACAGCACUGCCCUGGGCACCCUGGAGUUCACACUUCUCUUUGACGCGGACAACAGUGCCCUGCACUGCACGGCUCACCGUGCCAAGGGCCUCAGGCCACCAGCCUCCGGCUCCGUGGACACCUACGUCAAAGCCAAUCUGCUGCCAGGGGCCGACAAGGCAAGCCAGCUUCGGACACGUACUGUUCGGGGCACAAGGGGACCUGUCUGGGAAGAGACACUCACUUAUCACGGCUUCACCCGCCGGGAUGCGGAGCGCAAGACCCUGAGGCUGUGUGUGUGCGAGGACCCGAGGUUGCGGCGCCGGCGGCGAGGGCCUCCCCUGGGGGAGCUGCGGGUGCCUCUGAGGCGGCUGCUGCCCAACCGAGCCAGGAGCUUCGACGUGUGUCUGGAGAAGCGGAGGCUGAACAAGAGGCCCAAGAGCCUGGACACAUCCCGUGGCAUGUCUCUGUAUGAGGAGGCGGCGGAGGCUGCGGCUGGGGAGGAACGCGGGCGCAUCCUGCUGUCGCUGUGCUACAGCUCGCAGAGGGGCGGCCUGCUGGUGGGGGUGCUGCGCUGCGCCCACCUCGCCCCCAUGGACGCCAAUGGCUACUCGGACCCCUUCGUCCGCCUUUUUCUGCACCCUAAUGUGGGAAAGAAAUCUAAAUACAAGACCAGCGUUCGGAAGAAGACCCUGAACCCCGAGUUCAACGAGGAGUUCCUCUACGAAGGCCCGAGGCAGGAGCUGGCCCAGAAGACACUGCUGGUGUCCGUGUGGGACUACGACCUGGGCACAGCUGACGAUUUCAUCGGUGGGGUGCAGCUGAGUGGCCAGGCCAGCGGGGAGUGCCAGCGGCACUGGAGGGAGUGUCUGGGCCGCAGCGACCGCCGGCUGGAGCUGUGGCACCCGCUGGACGGGGCGCCCCUCCAGCUCAGCGACUAGCGGGGGCACCUGGCCCUGCUCACCGCUUCUCCCCCAAACUGACCGAUGUCUCCCCCGAGUUGGGAGGACCUGGGGAUGCCUCACUCACCAUGCCCAGCACCUAGUUAAAUUGUUUCCCGUCUUCCGCCUUUCAAAUCUGUCCCCCACCAAACAAGGAAGCAAGAAUAAACCUCUGCUCCGAACCAGA